AUGCAGCCCGCCUGGAGUAGCCAGCGGCGGCUGCAGCUGCAGGUGGGGCGGGGGCCUCGCGAGCCCAGCAAAGGCGGCCAGGCGGCCAGGCGGGCGGGACUGCAGCCGGGGCAGCCGGGACGCGCCUCUCCGUCAGGAAGCUUCCUGAACACCAAGGCCUGAUGUUCCCAAGAAGAAAUUUCUGGUAGAAAUCUGAAGAACAUUUCUAAGAAAAAAUAAUUCAAUGAAUUGAGAACAAGACAGUUUCCAAUCAGGUGCGGCCACUGUGGUGCCUCUCUCUUUCGCCUUUGGUUCCACUGGAACAGGACCCCAGAUCUCAAACGCUUUCCUCCCAUCAGAGACUGUCCCUGUAAAGAACACUAUUCCUCAAGCUAGAGUCCCUGCUAUGUGGAUAUUUGUUAGCAAUGACUGAUGUGGAAACUACGUAUGCAGAUUUUAUUGCUUCAGGAAGAACAGGUAGAAGAAAUGCAAUACAUGAUAUCCUGGUUUCCUCUGCAAGUGGCAACAGCAAUGAAUUAGCCUUGAAACUAGCAGGUCUUGAUAUCAACAAGACAGAAGGUGAAGAUGAUGGACAGAGAAGCUCCACAGAGCAGAGUGGGGAAGCCCAGGGGGAAGCAGCCAAGUCUGAAAGCUAACACUCCAUUCUGACGGUCAUCAACAUCUGACCAUGUGGCAACUCUCCUGGCCUUGCUCAGGCGUAUUUGUGGCCCUGGGUGAAGUGGAGGGGAAGAAAAUGACUGCGCUGCUGAGCAAGACGCUGUGGGUUGCCCUGUCACAAGUAGAGGUAGAGCCUGUGUCUGCACACAGCCUCUUCCCCAGCUCUGUCAUUAGCAAUGGUUGAGAUCACCUGGCCUGUGCUUGGAUAUCAUUUGUGUAUGGGUCCUUUCACUUGACCGUAUAAGGAAAUGCUUGUAGAGAGUAGCACUGACCUAGCUGAUGAUUCCUGUAGAAUCUGGCCCCUCAUGAUGUCAGAGGAUUUAAUUGUGUCUAAUUGAAAAGGGUUGGUUGAACCCCAGAGUUUCAAAAUCUCUGGCUGGAGUAUUGACUCACAAAAAGAACCAUCCAGAGAGCACAGUUAGCAUUAUGUUCCUGUGUGUGAGUGCUGUGUUAUUUACACCAUUUUGUAUCGUACAGUAUACCUGCUCAGCACUGCCCUUUGAUUGCUUAUGUAAAACAAAAUGAUGUACAUGACUGUGAAUUUUUAUACCACUCAUUUUUUAAAGGGCUGCCUUUUUAAUUUCCCAUAGUGUUGUGGUGUGCACGGGACAGAACAUACUUUUGUAAAACAUGACUUUCCUCUUGAAAACAGCUGAGGGUUAUAUCCAACAGACUCACCGAGCCCACUUUGCUUUAUUAUACAGGCAUGUGAAAAUAUCCAUUAAUGUGAAUAUUGCCUGAGUUCAGUCUUAGUAUCUACACAAAGCAGCGCUCCAUCUGUCAAUAUUGAUUUUGUUUCCAAAUAAGUUCUUUCAACUAAUACUUCAAUUUUUCAUUAUAAGAAUUUUUAAGAAUUGACGAAGUAGACAAAGAAUGCCAAAUAACGCAAAGAACUGGAAAUGUUGUGCUUUGUGGAUCACUUUUCCCACACUGCUGGGUACCACUCUUUAACUCGGGAGGACAGUUUGUGAAGGAAGUGUUCUCCUUGAAACCUGAGGACACCCAUCUAAAAAGUAAAACCCUCGUGCUGUGUUCUCCCAUAUACCCUCUCAGCCCUUUCAUACCCAAAUGUUAUUAUGCACUUUUUAAUGUUUGUAAAAUUUUACUAACAAUUUGUGUGAAUUGCAUUCAGAUAUAAUAAUUAUCACCCAACCACACUUCUACUGAUGCUGUUGGUAGACCAUGUCGUGUUUUGACAUCACGAUUCUUGUAUGGGGAAUUUCUGUGGCCUGGGUAACCCCUCUGGUCAGUAUUACAAAACCAACUAUCUUUGGUAAUAAAUAAGGAUCCAGUUAGAUGCCCAGAGUUCAUCUGGAGCAUCAUAUGGGGCAAAUAACAUAUGAAAGAAAGCCUUCCCAACAGAAGAGCCCCUACAUGUCUUGGAGUGCCGGCAUAGCUACAGUUCCAGGUUAUGUAGGGAAAGGUGUUUCAGCAGGCAGACCUGGGUAUGGUAGAAACUCACCCUGAAUCUGUAGUUACAGACAAGGUAGACAAGGCAGUCUGCCUAUAUCUUCCUAUAGUCUGCUUUCAUUACUGACUGGGGGUUUAUGAAUCACAUUUAGUCCCCAACAGGAUGUUUUCCAGAAAAACAAGCAAUGCUAAGUAGUUUCUGGAUAUAAAACAGUAAAUACAUUCAUUAUGAGAGGCCUUGCUUUGAUCUAACUCAUUGGAGGCUAGCUAAAAUUGAAACAAAUCUACCUAUUGAUAGACUCAAAGCUGUGAACCUAUGGCCUAUUUGAGACAAUCUCUGAUAAUCUAUUUACAACAUCCAACAGUUUCGAUGUCCUUGUUUAACUAUCCUGAUAGCUUUCUUGUGGAUAGGAAGUUCAUUCUUAAAGUUGUGGAAUUCCAAACUGGUUUCACGUGUGUUUUGUAAAGUGUUGAACCAGUGCUGAGCCUCUGUGGAAGGGUUAUAUUAUAUCCCUGUGUGAUAUACUUACUAAUGCAUGUGGUGCCAUGCUUGUCUUUAAAUAUAUAAGUAGUGCUAAAUGAAGAAGUCAUGUGGAGCUUCUGAUUUCGUUUGACCUCUUACUACUACUUUGUGUCCUGUAUUCAAUCCCAGAGGGAUUCUCUGGCUGGGAAGGAAAAAGAGAUCAACAUUCUGAAUUUGUCACAUCACAUAAAUUUUGAUUGGCAAAAGUGCGUAGAAUCUCCUGGUUUUCAUUUAAUACCUAUUAUUUGCAAGUAGAUAAUAAUACAUCGGGAAUGAAUCUGUAAAUACAGAUGAAAGAGUAGGCCAGCCAAGCUAAGGGACUUAUUGAACUAUCCCAACUAAGUCACUUCAGAAGCAAACGCACUGUUCGGAGGGAUUCAGAUCAUCUUCACUUUUCACAAAUCGGGAUGUGAACAUGAAUGAGGACUAAUUUUUGCAAAAUUAAAAAGCUAACUUGGGUCCAUGUUUACCUAUCAACAGAAUUUUGAAUUCACAUGUCAUAAAAUUAAAGCUAAUUACACAGUAUGUUGCUCUGUGUGGAAAACUUUAGAUAUGUGUCAUUCAGCUUCCAUUUCCCAGAGAAGGUGGAUAAGUUUCUAAACGGACAAGCUUUUCUUGGAUUUGCAUACAUGUGUUUAGGAUAAAGACACAUGCACUGGAGCUUACCUUUGUGUUUUUUGUUUUAAUAUUAUAGCUUAUUUUGAGAGUUUACUUCUGACAUGUAAACUGUAAAUUUACAUGCUAUGUUCAUGCUAUUCUGGCUGUUUAUUUAAUUACCUAGAAACAGAACAUUUUCCAUUUUUAACACAUUAACAAUGAAUGAGAAGCUGUUGAAUUUGUUCAGUUUAACUUUUUUUAACUGAGAAUAUUUUAUGUCAAUACAUAUUCAUCCUGAAUUCACAGAAAUGCUUUCUGCUUUGUAACAGAAAUCAUGAUCUUUAUUUUUCAGGAAAUGCUAACAUAGUAACCCACUGUCCACACCCUACCACUGAGUCUUCCUCAAACUUGACAACAAGAAACCAAUGUAGGAAAAAAUGACAUUUUUAUCUCUUCUCAGAGGAAUAAAAAAAAUGUAACUGUUGGGCAGCAAGCUUCUGAAUGAAUCCCACAGUAGUAAGGAAAAAAAUGUGUAGUCAUUAAGGAAGAAACAGUCCAUGAUUGGUGAUGUCUUAGAAGCCCGGAACUGUUCUUUCACUGACUGUGGCAGCCUGGGAAGACAUCUAUGAGCUUCUGUGACUUUUGUAUUUAGCAAUGUUGCAUGCUCCCAUAAUUGAUAUUAAAAGCAGCACUUGUUUUCGGAAA